GACCGAGUUUUUCCGGAUUAAUUUACUGAGAUGGCACAGGCUCUCAAGUUGUACUACGACUUCCUGUCGCCACCAUCGCGAGCUGUGUGGCUCGCGCUCAAAUUGAGCAAAACGCAAUUUGAAGCCUGUCCCGUGGCGCUGCGCAAACGUGAGCAGUUGACCGAUGAGUACAAGAAGAUCAAUCGCUUCCAGAAGUUGCCCGCACUGGUGGAUGGCAGCUUCCACCUUUCUGAGAGCGUGGCCAUGAUCCGUUAUCUUGCGGAUAAGAAUAAGUUGAGCCAGCAGAUUUAUCCAAAGGAUCUGGAGACGCGUGCUCGUGUGGAUGAGUAUUUGAUGUGGCAGUUCCGAAACGUGCAUGUGCCCUGUGGCACAUACUUUCUGAAGGGUUGGCUAUUGCCCAUCAAUGGACUCGCGCCCAAGCCCAAGCCGGAGGUGGUUGCUAAACUUGUAAAAGAUGUUGAGACCAGUCUGGAUCUCCUUGAGCGCUUCUGGAUGAACGAUGAUUACUUGGUUGGCGACAAGCUCACAGUGGCAGAUUUAUCGUGCUCCUCUGAGAUAGAACAGCUGAGACUCUGCCAGUUCCAUGUGAACGAACGACAAUUCCCAAAGGUGGCCAAGUGGUUAGAGCGCGUGCGCAUCGCAUCCAAGCCCUACAACGAUAUCGCCUACGAGUUCGUUAACCAAAAGGCUAAGCAGGCAGCUAAGUUGUGAGCCGAUCUGUCCAGCUCCCUUACUUUUCCCUGCCUUCUUAGUCUAAUUUUGCCUGAGUG